AUGGCUCCACUAAUGAAGACUGGUAGGCGCAACCUCUCCUAUACAUUCCCGAAUCCGAAUCUGGAUUUUCUUGAGUGUUUAGCAAAGAAGAUUACGCCAGAUGAGUCAACCAAGUUCCGAGAAAAAUAUGGGUAUAUUCUGAGCCUUCUCAAGAUGCCAUUCACCAAGUACGAGCAAGAGGGAGUUCAUACCCUGCUUCAGUUCUACAAUCAUGCUCUUCGCUGUUUCACGUUCCCCGACUACCUCUUGGUCCCUACAUUAGAGGAGUAUUCUCUUUUCCUCGGUGUUCCGGUCAAACAGGAAGAAGUGUCGUACUAUGGCACCAUGGAGGCCCCUACGUCCAUUGAAAUUUCUAAGGCUCUUUAUUUGAGCAAGUCAGUCGUGGAAGCAAAUCUCUCCAAAAAUGGGGGAUGUCUUGGUUUUCGUAUGGAGUUUCUGGUUCAAAAGGCUUGUGAUGCUGUUGAGGGAAAAGAAUGGGACACAUUUAGGGCUAUCCUGGCUCUAAGUAUCUAUGGUAUCAUGAUGUUCUUAAAUGUGGCUAACUUUGUUGACAUGAAUGCAAUUCAUAUAUUCAUUUUGCAAAACCCAGUUCCUACGCUUUUGGGGGAUGUUUAUCACUCCAUUCAUCACAAGAAUAGUCAAAAGGGAGGUUUCAUUAGAUGUUGUGCUCCGUUGUUGUAUCGUUGGUUCAGAUUGCAUUUGCCUGAGCGUGGCGCUUUCGUUGAUAAUAGGCACACAUCUAAAUAG